AUGCCCUCUGUUCCCCAGCCCGACAGCAGCAUCACCGAGCUCGAAAACAAGAUCAUCAAGUUCCACCAGUCGAAGGACACUAGUCUCGUCAAGAAGAUGAACAGCAUGAGUAUCAGUGAGACAAGCGCUGUCGCUCUCAUGCCCCGUCGUCCUGCCUACGGCACUUUAGGCAACAAGGUUCUUCUUUGGGCCAAUUACUUCCACUUGACCGUGAACCCCAACGUCAUCUAUCGAUACAACAUUGAAGUCCGUAAGGGUGAAACGAAGAAGGAGCCCACCAGCGCUGAAAAGAGUAAAGACAAGGGUAAGGGGAGAGCGCAGGGUGGUGGCAGCGAUGGCGCCCCUGCGACGAUUCCCGCUCGUAAGUUAAGGAUCAUCCUGCAGCAUGCUCUCGAGGAGCUUCGGAAACUCGAGCCUGGUGCCAUUGUCGCCACCGAGUUUAAAAGCCAGCUCGUCUCGCUCAAGAAGCUCAAGUUGGCUGUCAACCCAAUUCGGGUCAUCUUCAAGCAGGAGAGCUCUGAUCGACAGGAGUCAUACUCGGUCAACAUUGUCGGCGAGACGGAAGCCCCUUUGGCCGAAAUGAAGGAGUAUUUGAAGACCAUGAUUGACAAGAGUGACCCGGACGAAGCUCAUUUCCCCAGAUUCGCGACCUCUGUGGAUGCUCUUGGUGUCAUUCUCGGUUACACCUCGCGGAGUAGUGAACGAGUUACUUCCAUUGGCAAGGGCCGCUUCUUCCCAUGGGGAUCCGGGGCGGCCAGCUCUCAGCUUGGUCACAACGACCCGCUCACGGCCAUUAGGGGCUAUUUUCAAAGUGUUAAGCUCGGCACUGGCAGAGUGCUCCUGAACGUCAACGUCACUCACGGGGUCUUCAAGACCCCGGUCAACGUUAGUGAACUCUGCCGCUGGUUUCAUGUGGCCGUCUUCGGUCAGGGCAAUCCAACUACAGCCAAGAAUGCACGAAUGCGCCUCCGUACUCUAUCCAAGUUUCUGGCUCGUACUCGAGUAACGGUCAAGUUCCGUGACUCCAACAACAAGGAGAUCACGGGCAAGAAGACCAUCCUUGGUCUUGCAGACAGGUUCGACGUUUCCCAGGAAUUCUUGGGUAAAGAUGUGCUCUUCGCCCCAGAUUUCAACCAUGCCGGCCCUCAGGAGGUCAAGUUCAACCUGCGGGCGCCAGAGGGAAAGGCUACGGUGAUGAACAACAGGCCGCCCGGAUUUUACACUGUUGAUCAAUAUUGGACAUGGAAAUACGGCAAGGCUCCCGACAAGACCAUGCCCCUCGUCAAUCUUGGGACGCACGACAAACCCAUGUUCUUUCCUGCCGAACAAUGCACCAUUAUGCCUGGCCAAGCCGUUCGCUCAAAGCUCACUGGCGACGAGACGACGGUGAUGCUCGAAUUUGCUUGCCGGUCCCCCUUCGCCAACGCCAUGUCUUUAACGGUCGAUAGCUGUUCGGCUUUGGGCUUUGACGAAGACCUGCUCCGCGGAUUUGGUCUGAAUGUGGACAAGAAGCUUCUUACGGUUACCGGUCGCGAGCUCAACCCGCCUCCAGUGUCCUACAAGAACAAAGAUAUCAUGGCUCGUGCAGGCUCUUGGAACAUGAGCGGCGUCAAGGUCGCAAAGUCUGGACGGAAGAUCGAUGCUUGGACUUGGGUGCGUAUCAUUGAUGAUGAUAAGGGCUCUUAUGUCCAGACCGACGAUAUGGCGCGCAUCGUCGGAAACUUCUCUCGGUUCCUUGAAACUAGCGGCAUCCCGAUCAGUCAACAAAGCGCCAACACGCCACGAGACCUCCACGUCGGUCACGGCAACUACGAUGCGCCCAUUGAUGACUACUUUAGUAAGUUGAAGCGAUACCUCAAGGACAACACCAAGAACUUCUUUUUGCUUGUCGUCCUUCCCCGUCAAGACUCUGCGCUCUACGGCAUCAUCAAGAAGCUGGCAGAUACGCAGUACGGCAUCCACACGAUAUGUGUAGUGGAGAAAACCUUCAUGAAAGACAGUCCGCAGACUUACGCCAACGUUGGACUCAAGUGGAACUUGAAGAAUGGCGGCGUCAAUCAUAUUGUCAAGAAUCCCAUCGACAUCAUCAAGACGGGCACGACCAUGGUUGUUGGAUACGACGUGACCCAUCCUACGAAUAUGCCAAACGAUAAGAACGCUGCGCCCAGUCUAGUCGGGUUAGUGGCCAGCAUCGAUAAGGACCUUGGACAGUGGCCUGCGAUCGCGUGGGAGCAGCCCGGUCGCCAAGAAAUGCUGGGUGAUGAACUGACCAGUCACUUCGCGGAUCGCCUGCGGCUUUGGAUGAAACACAACCAGAACAAGCUGCCGGAAUACAUCGUCAUCUACCGUGACGGUGUGUCUGAGGGACAGUUCACGCAGGUUCUCGAUGUCGAGCUGCCCAUGAUUCGCAAGGCAUGCUCCAAGCUCUACCAAGCCGGCCGCAAAGCCAAGUUGUCAAUUAUCGUAUCUGUCAAGCGCCACCAGACUCGAUUCUACCCGACUUCGGAGCAGACCAUGGACCCCAAGUCACGCAACAUCCGCAGUGGCACUGUCGUCGACCGUGGCGUCACUCAGGCCCGUUACUGGGACUUCUUCCUCACGGCGCAUACGGCUUUGAAGGGAACCGCCCGCCCGGCACACUACACUGUGCUUUUGGACGAAAUCUUUCGUGACAAGUAUGGUGUUGGUGACACGGCAGCAAACAACUUGGAGAAGCUCACGCACGACCUGUGCUAUUUAUUCGGCCGCGCUACCAAGGCUGUCAGCAUCUGCCCGCCUGCAUACUAUGCGGACAUCGUGUGCGAGCGAGCGCGUGUGCACCGUCCUGAACAUUUCGAUGCACCAGACACAGUCUCGAGCGUUAGUGGUGCGUCGGGCCUGACCACGAGCAGACGCGUGCAUGACAACUUGAAGGACACCAUGUAUUACAUCUAA